AUGGCCAUUCUAUCACCAGCGCAGCAGCUGGUCCAGGUACUGAUGUUGACGUAUCCUAGCAACCAACCCCCUCCCACCCCCACCCCACCAUCCCACAACCCACUGUUCUAUGUCACACAUUCCUUGGAGGCUAGGUUGGUUCGGUUGUCUGUUGCAGGUGUUACAAUUCUCCUGUCCCAGACUGUUUUUCUCCUUCGCUUGGCGCAAGUCCUGCCUCAAACCUCUGAUGCUCUCCCCAUCUUAGGCACCUACUUCAACUGCAUUAUGUUCAUGGUGGCGUCAUCGGUCGUCCUGACAGUUGUUGUGCUCAACUACCACCAUCGGACUGCCGACAUCCACGAGAUGCCUCCAUGGAUAAAAAGCGUGUUCCUCCAAUGGCUUCCAUGGAUUUUGGGCAUGGGACGACCGGGGAAGAAGAUCACGAGGAAAACGAUUAUGAUGAGUAAUCGAAUGAAAGAGUUGGAGCUCAAGGAGAGAUCGUCUAAGAGUCUGUUGGCCAAUGUGCUUGACAUCGACGACGACUUCCGCCACUGUAGUUCAGCCAAUAGCGGGUACAUGCGCGGCACGCCGGGGCUUACUAUAGACGAGGCACCGUGCUCCUGGGGGCAGCGUGACCUACAGCUCAUACUGCGCGAACUACAGUUCAUCACUAACAGAAUGAAGAAGGCGGAUGAGGAAGCAGAACUGAUAAGUGACUGGAAGUUCGCCGCUAUGGUGGUGGACAGGUUUUGUUUGAUAGUGUUUACACUGUUUACGGUGAUAGCCACGGUGGCUGUUUUGUUGUCAGCGCCCCACAUCAUCGUACAGUAACGACGGAACUACGCCCCAAGUGCUACGACUUCAACACCCUCGACCGAGUGUUUGGUUACUGUACUGACAUAUCUCCAUUACCCUUAUGUCAGACAUCCGACAAUACUCGACAUAACCCACGUUGUUAAACAGUCACUUAAGCGCAACAACUAAUACAGGUAAAUUAAGGAGUCAUUGAGGUUUUGUAGAAUAUGUCUAAAACUAACCGUGACUAGUUUGUAUGUUUUUAUAAACGAUCGAAUUUAUCGACACUCUUAAAUGAGACCAACUAAUACAAUCAUUUUUAAUACAAAUAGCUAAACUGAAAUGAAUCGCUGUAACAUUGACAUAUUUUCAUACGUCGUAAAACUAUUCGGUUCGGUUUCUAAGCACAAUGUAUUUAAAAAUAAGUGAAUUCUGUUUAAAUAAGCUGGUACUGAAUCAGCGUUAAAUCGUUCUUGGGGAAAGUAUACUUUUUCUAUGUUGAUAAAAGAAGUACUCAUGGAUAUUGAAUAGGGCUCAUGUUUUCAAUAAAAAUAAAAAAAUUUAUUGAUUGUCUUUAUCAAAAAAGUUAAAUAGUUUUAUUUUACUUUUUCAGCUACAAAAAAAAUACUUACAAAUAAAUUGAGAAAUAUUCUUCAUAGCUCAUCAACCGGCCAAUUGGAUUACAUUUCUUGAAAAAAUUACAUAUAAACUCACAAUCAUUUCAAUCACAUAAAUUUUAAUAUUGCAAUAUAGUUAGGUCAAAUGUUUAUUCAAAAAAAACAUGUUAUCCAUAAAAUAGCUAUUUUAACAGCAACACAGAAUAUAAAAAUAGAAAAACUAUACUGUCUCAAGGAUUGCCUUAAUAAAAUAAAUUUAACCUAAAUCCUUAGUUUCCUAAAUAAAUAAUAAUAUAUGUAUCAAACUAUCACCAGACUCAAUUAUGUUAUCGACAAGGAAACCUCGUACUUAGCUGUAAUACAUUCUGUGGAACUCAACUUGACAGUGACUUCUGGAUGUAGUGAAGUGAGUCAAGAACAUAUUAAAAGUUUAGUGAUUUCUGUGAUAUGUUUAAUAAAAACUCUAAAUAAAUAAUGAGCUGAUUGUUAAUGAUAAAGCUAAAUAGCAAAUUAUGUUGUUUUUAUAAAAUGAGACCAAUAUAAUAAAAGAUACUAAGCACAAAAUUAAUGUAAUUAAUUUUGUGCGUUUUGUUGAAUAAGUGGUAAGAUUUUAAAGAUUGUGUACAAUAAAAACAAUUAUAAACAUGUUAAUUUGUUAUAGGUGAGUUUUUACAAUAAUUUUCAUUUUAGUGGGUUAUUCAGGAGGCUGCCCUCAGAUUUUAAAUUCAAUUACAAAUCAUUUAAUGUCAUAAUAAAACCAUUUGAAUCAGGAAGAGCUAUUUAGAAUGCUGUACAUAUAUCAUCAUACUUUUGUUUAGUAUAAAAACGAAUAUCACAAAAGAGCUUGGUAAAAUGUUAAGUAUAUGUUUUUUACAAUAAGUUGGAUUGUGUGUUUACAAUUUGGUGCAAUAGGGUACUUUUAAAAUACGAUCCAGGGUAAACAUGUACUCUAAACCCUCAGUAAUAAAAGAUACAAUGAAAAACCAUUGCUCACAAAACGAACUUAGUAUAUAUAUGUAGCGAAACAAAAAAGUUGUCACACUUAUGUUUAGUAAUAGUGUUGUAAAUAAAUCUAAAAGUGAACACAUUGCCGACCCAACCAGCUACAAAACACUGCUUUUGAGGGCAGGCUUCCACGUUUGAUUUAGAGAAUUGUGAAUGAAUAACUUAUGUAUCCGUGUUUAACCUUCCUUUCUUUGUCAGACAAAUAAUAGAUUCAAACUAAAAGGAAUUGAGAUGAGAGUUUUUUAACAUCGCAAAGUUAUGUGUGAUUUUUUAAUAAAUACUUUAGAUAUGUCAAUGUUGUUAGUCUGGAGGUAUUGGUGUGACCGUGAGUCAUGUACGUUUCAUUGUACAGUUAACAAUCCUCCUUUGGUUCAUGUUUAAUUGUUAUCAGUUCAACUGCUGACGUUUGUACUGUUAUCAGUGGUUCUGUGUUUUCAAACUUUUAUUUUACUGUGGUUGUUUUAUAAAACUAGUUGGUUUGGGAUAGUCGCUACAUAGAUUGAUAACUUGAAGUCUCUUUAGCAUGUUAUCGUACUAAUUUUACAUUGAGAAAAGUUACCAUUGUCAUUUACAACAAUACAAAGAAUCUAUCUGAGAGUUCUUCAUCCAUCCAAGUUAUAUGAGACAACCACAGCAGCGAUCCGUCUGACCCGACAGAUUCAGACUAGUGUGCCUGAACGGCAUUGCUCACUCUUGCAAGUUUACAAGUGUAUGUAUCGCCUGUAGAACUACACGACUAUGUUAUUACAAAUAUACUGUUAUGUUUUGGCAAGUUGCGUUUGCGUUACUUGAGUUGGUCCUUCACAACAGACAACAACGGAGCAAACAAUAACCAAACGGGUCCGUAGUUAGUGAUAACUAUGAUAUCUAUGUUUAGAUGUGCUAUGAUACGUAAUUUGUUGCUCAUAUCAUAACUAAUCUGGCUCUGGUUCAGUAAAGGCCUUAAAAAUACAUGUUAAUUACUACUAUAAGAUGUUUGUCAGACACUGUAAACUAUUUUUAAAUAAAUUAUAUAAAAAAAACAUUACUAAACCGUUUAUUAAACAUAGGCGAUGCUGUAGUUUUCAACCGCACGUGUGUACAAUAUUUUUAAUACUGUACCGAGGAGUGAGUACUGUACUUUUUACAACUGUGUAUUAGUGAUAGUGUUUUUACAUAAAUUACAAUUUAACUUGCAACGUUAUGUUGAUUAAUAAACAAUGUUAAAUAAAAU